UUGGUUUGCAAAUGGUUAAAUGAAGGAGGCAGGAAGCUAAUGUCCUUCCUUCCUGUUGUACAGAGAUAGUUUGAAGAAGUUUAGUCUGUUUAUUUAAAAAUUCACUCUCCCUCGUCACUUGAACAACAAAUCAUGGAUAGAUAGUGUUUGUUUAACUGGAUUCACGGACUUCGUCCCCAUAAAAUAGACAAUUUAUAAUUAGAUUGCCCGUUUGGCUCAUCGUCUGGUUGCCCAUUUGGUCAGCAGCUGAUAGUUUGACCUGCUGUUUCGUCCUGAAGUCACGGCGAUGGCCAACAGCACCACAGCACCAGCCAAGGUUCUGGGAGCCCCUGGCCCUGCUGGAAGAAGUAGUCCAGAGGGAUCUCAGGUGCUCAGUAAGAAGAAAUUACAGGACUUGGUGAGAGAAAUUGAUCCUAAUGAACAGCUUGAUGAGGAUGUUGAGGAGAUGUUACUACAAAUUGCAGAUGACUUUAUAGAGAGUGUAGUGACGGCUGCAUGCCAACUGGCACGCCAUCGCAAGUCCAACACGUUGGAAAUAAAGGAUGUCCAGUUACAUCUCGAGCGUCAGUGGAACAUGUGGAUUCCUGGAUAUGGCUCCGAUGAGAUCCGUCCGUUUAAGAAGGCCUGCACCACAGAGGCUCACAAACAGAGAAUGGCACUGAUCCGCAAGACGACCAAAAAGUAGCAGACCUGUACCGUAUGUCGUAUCCAUUCUGCAUUUUUUUUUUUCCCUUUUUAUUAAGAUGAAAUUCUUUUGGAUUAAAAUUGAGGAAAUGUAUUUUUUUUCUGUCUCCUAUACAUUAUAUGGUGUAGCAUUUUCAUAUCUCACUAAUUUGUUUGGCCUCAGAUCACACAGUAAUGGAAUUACUGUCAUUUACUUCUGUUGCCGUUCAGACGAGCCCAGCAGAGUUUUGUUGAAACUCUUACAUGAACCAUUUACAUGUGUGUGAGAUUUGGACUGCAUUCAGCUCUUCUUUUUGAGAUGAAGACAGUGGAUGUGAAUGUUACUGAAGCUUCUGCCUCCCUGAAAUCUUUGAAUUAUGCUGCCAGUAGGUAAUCAGACAUGUUAGCCAACUGUAGGUGACUGUGGCUCCUCUGUUGAUCCACUGUAUUCAUGCUGUGGGUAACACCUUUAAAAUAAAAAAUAAAAGGGUUUAUAUUACUCAUGUACCCACCCCCCCCCCCCACACACACACACAGACACACUUGUUGUUUGGCAUGUAUGUGCUAUUGUGUACUGUAACUGACUGUAGAUUUUAUUACAUUAAAAUAAUUUCAAUGGUA